AUGGUUGAUGUGGUUAACGCACAUUUGCAGCGCGUCCUUGAUUAUAUUGAGGAAUUUAAAGCACAAUGGACACCGGUAGUGACAAGACAAAUCGAGCAGUUUCGUCGUCUUUACACAGAACUGAUUGAUACAGCUGGUGAGGAUGCGGAACUGUCCGUAACUGCACAAGUUAUCCUCGAAGAAGCCAUUAUAAAACUUAAUGCUAUCUUAGCUGAGUUGGCGCUCAAACACCGUACAGGACAUACUUUGAUCUCAAAAACUGGUAAAGAAAUCGAACGAAAUUUUGUUUCCGAUCUCACCUGUCUGACAAAAAAUGAAAAGAAUUUUGACAGCGAUCCAAAAUUACAUAAACGAGUGAAUGCUUUGAUAACGGAGCAUCUCACGUCCACCGGGAAAUUUGAAGUUGCUGAAACGUUGUUAAAAGAAGCCCCGUUACCGGCAGGAAGUAACUUUCCAAACUUGGAUAACACUCAAGCUCGGAAAUUAAUUGACGCUUUCACUGAAAAAGAUCCUACUCCGGCUUUAGAAUGGCUACGUGCAAAUGCGCCAGAAGAAGAAGCUUUGAUUUUUGACUUGCAAAAACAGCAGUUUAUCAAGUACCUUCAAGAAGGGGACAAAUUGAAAGCGUUGGAAUAUAGUCGACAGCUUGCUAGUAGAGCAGAAGAAGUUGGACCGUUGAUGUGGGCUAUGGUCGUAAAAGAUCCUGAAAAGCGGUACCCACAAUUGUUCAAUCCUGCUGUGUGGCAUCAGCUUGAAUUACGAUUGGCAAAAGUGCUGUCUCAUUCUGAUAAUUACCUCAAUCAGAUACUGGAAACUGGCAUAAAAGCUGUCCCAUCUUUGAUAACAUUGCGAACAAUGAUGGUCAAUAGACGUCCAGAAAGUUUGUUUCAUGGUGAUGAGUUACCAAUUGAAGUUGAGGUUCCUUGCCAUGUUCACUCCGUAUUUGCUUGUCCGAUCCUUAAAGCUCAGUGUACGGAAGCAAAUCCUCCAAUGCGUUUAAACUGCGGUCAUGUGAUAUCCCGUGAUGCCCUACAAAAGUUAGCUCAAAGUGGAAGAUUUGUCAACCCAACCCACAUAAAUGCGUCCUAUACUCAUUCUCGUUUGAAAUGUCCUUAUUGUCCAAUAGAAUCUAAUGUCUCUGAUGCGAAACGGGUGUAUUUUUAAUG